CUGAGGUAACAAGAAAGACUAGAAAGAAGAGAGAGAACACAGAAGCAGAAGCAGCUUGGAUCUAAAAAUCUAACAAACCAAGAGGGAUCAGUUUAAGCUCUGCUGAACAUCGUGUUUAUUUACUGCACCCAAAAGCUUGCAAAUGGUUAACUAUAUGCAGAAAAGUCAGCAUAGAUGGGAAGUAUGCUGUGAAUUUUAAUUGAGGAAAAGGGACAACUGCUUUCAGCAUGGUCUAGAGUGCACUCUGCCUGAGAGAUUUAAUAUAUUAUUAUUAUUAUUAUUCCAGUGAAAUGCUCUAUACUUUGUUUUCUGACAUGGAGUUUUAACUUAAGGCAGCUGGAGCUGUAAAAGAGCUUGCAGCAAAGUGAGAAUUUGGAAGAAAGUUUGCAUUUUUUUUUAAAAGAGAACCUGAAUUGCAUUUGAACAUCUACUCAAAUUGUGCAUUAUUGAUCGUGUCAGGGAGUGUUGCCUCUGUACAGGACCUACUGGCAACAAUGAAGCUCUGGAUUUUUAUGUUAUGGUCAGUUGUGGUUGCCUCGGAUUUACUACAAUCUCAGCCUUCUUUGUCUUCAGCGAGAGGAUCUUGUGAGAAUCUGUGCUCUUGUGAAGAAAAGGAUGAUAUCUUGAUUAUAAACUGUGAAGAAAGAGGUAUCAAAAUGUUAUCACAAAUAAAUGUCCCACCAUCACAGCCUUUCCAUCUUAACCUGCUGAACAAUGGCUUGACCAUGUUACAUAUGAAUGAUUUUGCUGGCCUCAUCAAUGCUAUCUCACUACAUGUUGGAUUCAAUAAUAUUGCAGAUAUUGAGCCUGGAGCUUUUAAUGGUCUCGGUCUUCUUAAGCAACUUCAUAUCAAUCACAAUUCAUUAGAAAUACUUAAAGAGGAUACUUUUCAGGGACUGGAAAAUCUGGAGUUUCUUCAAGCAGACAACAAUUUCAUCACCGUGAUUGAAGCAAGUGCCUUUAGCAAACUCAACAGACUUAAAGUGCUUAUUUUAAAUGACAAUGCCAUUGAGUUUCUCCCUCCUAACAUAUUUCGCUUUGUGCCGUUGACUCACUUAGAUCUUCGUGGAAACCAGUUACAGACACUGCCAUAUGUUGGCUUCUUAGAGCAUAUUGGCCGAAUACUGGACCUUCAGCUGGAAGACAACAAAUGGGCCUGUAACUGUGACUUACUGCAGCUGAAGAUAUGGCUUGAAAACAUGCCUCCCCAGUCUAUAAUAGGUGAUGUUGUGUGCAACAGCCCUCCAGUUAUCAAAGGCAGCAUCCUUAGAAGAUUAAAAAAAGAAUUGCUCUGUCCCACUCACCCUAUAAAUGAACUUGAAGAUCCUUCUGGGUCCUUGCCCUUGGUAGUAACCACCUCUAUAAGUGAUAGUCACCUACCAGCCAACGUGAUCCCUGUCCUGAAAGCUCCUACCAAGGAACCAGGUUUAGUGCUUCAUGUCACAAAGCCAGCUACUCAGCUUCCAGGAAUAUACUGUCCUGUACCCUGUCACUGCACCAGCCAUAUCCUGUCAGGGGUUCUAAUUCACUGCCAGGAGCGAAAUAUCGAAAGCUUGUCUGAUUUAGGUCCCCCUCCUCCAAACCCUAGAAAGCUUAUUCUAGCUGGAAAUAUUAUUCAAACAUUGCUGAAAUCAGAUCUGGUGGACUAUGCUAGCCUGGAAAUGCUUCACUUGGGAAACAAUCGUAUUGAAAUCCUUGAAGAAGGAUCAUUUAUGAAUCUAACGAGAUUGCAGAAGCUAUAUCUAAAUGGCAAUCAUCUUACAAAGUUAAGUCAGAGUCUCUUCCUUGGUCUUCAGCACCUUGAGUAUUUGUAUCUUGAAUACAAUGCUAUCAAGGAAGUUUUGCCAGGGACAUUUAACAUGAUGCCAAAACUUAAGGUGUUAUAUUUAAACAACAACCUUCUUCAAACUUUACCACCCUAUGUUUUCUCAGGGGUGCCACUAGCCAGGCUAAACCUCAAAACAAACCAGUUUACCCAUUUGCCUGUGAGUACUGUCUUGGAUAAACUGGAUUUGUUGGUACAAAUUGAACUGGAGGACAACCCUUGGGACUGUACUUGUGAUUCAGUUGGGCUGCAGCAGUGGAUACAAAAGUUGAGUAAGAACAUCAUGAUGGGUGACAUUUUCUGUAAAUCCCCAGGGCACCUAGCAAAAAAAGAAUUGAAAUCUCUGAACAGUGAAGUCUUAUGCCCAGGACUAAUAAAUAGCCCAGCCCUGCCAACCCACGCUAGCUUUAUAGUUGUGACAACUUCUUCUACAACAACCAAUACUGCGGACACUAUCCUUCGAUCACUUACAGAUGCUGUCCCACUUUCUGUUUUAAUCUUAGGGCUCCUAAUUGUGUUUAUUACGAUUGUAUUUUGUGCAGCAGGAAUAGUUGUCCUUGUUCUGCAUCGGCGGAGAAGACACAAAAAGAAACAGGCAGAUGAACACAUGAGGGACAGUAGCCCAGUUCAUCUCCAGUACAGCAUGUAUGGUCACAAAACAACACACCACACAACUGAGCGUCCAGCACCAACCCUCUAUGAGCAACGCAUGAUCAGCCCCAUAGUUCAAGUUUAUCGAAGUCCAUCCUUCAGCCCCAAACAGACAGAACAACAGGAGGAGGGAAAUGAAAAGGAUGUGAAUGACUCCAAACAUCUCCGCAGAAGUCUUCUGGAAAGAGAGAACAAUUCUCCUCUCACAGGUUCAAAUGUCAAAUACAAAUGUACAGACCAAUCAGCUGAAUUUCUGACCUUUCAGGAUGCCAGCUCCUUAUACAGAAACAUUCUUGAGAAAGAACGAGAACUCCAGCAGCUAGGGAUCACUGAGUAUCUAAGGAAAAAUAUUGUCCAGCUCCAGCCUGACAUGGAAGUACAUAAUCCUGGAACACAUGAGGAGCUGAAGUUAAUGGAGACACUAAUGUACUCCAGACCAAGAAAGGUUUUGCUUGAGCAGACUAAAAAUGAAUAUUUUGAGCUCAAAGCUAACUUACAUUCUGAGCCUGACUACCUGGAAGUCCUGGAACAGCAAACAUAAAAUGACGGUACUUUGGACAGGGACAGAAAAUCUGUAAUUCUAUAUUAAGUCAGAAAAUUGUAAAUAAAAGUGCCUUAUAAUAAUGUAUCAUCCAUCAGGACAAAAGCACAGCAGUAAUCCUAACAAAAAACUCAGGGAUCACUGUGGGAAGCCAUGCGGAAGUUUGCAGGCAAUAUGUCUUACCCCAAUUGAAACAUGAUCUCUGUGUGAUUGAACUGUGAGAGGAAGACUGCUAUAUUCUUUUUUUUUUUUUUUUGGAGCGAGGGGUGGUAAAAGGUCUGUAUGGCACUCCCCAUUCUGUACCUAACCUAGGAUAAAACUUUUACGUAAUUUGUACUUUCUUUUCUCUCAAUUUAAUUGGACUACAUUUUUAAGUAGAGUUUAAGUAUAGUUAUAAAGGUUAAUAUGUAUUGGUUAGGUAUUAGUACAUGCACUACAUAUGUGAACAUUGUCUACAACUGCACUUACCAUACCCUUAUAAUAAAUACAAAAGGAAAUGAAGCUUUGUCAUAUUGAAUGUCAGUUAAAAAGAACAGAAGAUAUGUCAUUGUAUAGGCAUCCAGUGCCUGCAAACAUUUAGGUAUCUUUUAUGUGGGACUUCAUUUAUCACAUUGUUACAGUAUGUGGAUGGAAAAUAUAUGUAUAAAUAUAAUUACCAGCAAUUUAAGAGACAUCAACAAAGCUUUCUAGUACUUUCCCUAUCUGACAGUUUUACUCAAAUUUGGACAAUCUUCUCUUGUUCUGCUGCUAUAAAAUGUUGUGCAUCACUGGUGCUUCAACUCAUAAGCCAGGGCAAUUCUGAAAGCUACUGAGAAUCAACUGUAAAUACAUUAGUGCACCUAAUGAGUUUGAUUUCUUUUAUUUGACUGGCUCCUGUGGUGGCUUUGAAUAUUCCUGGCAGAAAUACAGAAAUAAGUACACUAUGGCCAGUAACUUCCAGAUAUAGGGGAAAAAAGAAUAUUUUGUUGUUGUUUGUAUCAAUUCUGUACAUUUUGCCACACAUUAACAGGAAAAAGGCACUUCUCUUGUUAAGAGGUAAAAGUGGCUUAGAGCGUGGAGCCCUGCAGCUUUAUUUUACAACAAAGUCUGGUUAGAUUUAUAUUAACUAUUUAUUCUGUACAGUUUUGUAUUCUUUUUCAAUUCACAACAAGGAAUAAUUCGUGGGUGCCUUUCAAGCAAAUAUAAACAAAAAUGGAAAUAAAGCUUUUUUUUUUAAAAUGUCAUUUUCUUAAAAGUCACUUUUUAGAAAAGAGCAAGGCAGCAAGACCUGCAUGCACAAGUUUAGAUCUGUUCAGGAGUCAAACACGAAGCUUCUCUCUGUUAUCAUGUAGACAGAAGCAUCUUGUUCACUUUGCAAUAAGGCCAUUCAGUUUCUGUGCACGACUGACACUCUGCCAAAUUGAAAAUCUGACUUGCAUUUCUCCUCCUUUUUAAACAAACCUUUUGUAAAUCAACUACACAUGAAUAUUUUUUUUCUGAUUUCCAACUGUACAGCUAUUGAAAGGCUGAAUCAAUUAAAAGAUUUCUAAAUAUAUAGAUU